GAGGGUCAGACCGUAUAGGCUUGCGAUGAAGCUGAACACUAAAUUUGUUGUUUAUUAAAUUGAUUAUUCAUUAUAUGCAUAUGGUUUCUGCGUUAAACUAAUUUUUCACUAGUCGCAACCAGUCUCCACAGAUCUUAAUAGCGAAACAGUACGCCUAGGCAGUUUACCAAAGUAUUUGUCAAACAGUUGUUUUCUUUUUGUUAUCCCUUGUACGGCAAACGCCAUCCAUCGCUUUAGAAUCGCUUCUGUGCUUGUGGUUUUGAUUUGCGCGCGCGGCUAGAUAAGUUUCUGGCUCGUCUGGGCUUCGGUUGCCAAACAACGAAUAUGUCCAACGAAAAUGUGGGGAGUAAAGCAGAGGGCCUGGAUCCACCGACGCCAGUUCACUAUAUAACGAAGCUGCUGUCAAAUAUAUGCUUAUCCAUAAACGGCCCCCAGCGAGCCGAGGAGCAUGAUCGUCUGGUUAACAAUGCUUUGAAGACCAUAAUGGAAAAGCCCAACUCGUUGAACGAGGGAAGGCCGACCAUGUGCGAGGAUGAUUGUGUGAUCAAAAUUCUGAAUAUCCUAAACGCAAAGGCAAAUCCAAAUGGCAAAAAAGAGCAGAUGCCCGGAAAUGUGUUCCUGAAAACGUACACCAAGUUGUUGAAGCUAGACACGGAUGAAAAGCAACGCGAAGCCUUGAUGAACUUUUUGCUGGAUAUUCUGGAUAAUGCACAGUCCACGUUCUUGCGUCCCACGACACUGAUGGCGAACGGAAAGGAUGGUGGUGGUGAUGGUCACAAGGAUAUCCUAAGAGAGGUGCUGUCUGAGAGAUUGAGUCGUAGUUAUCCCUAUCGCAAGCAGCAGAAUGGUGGAAGUGAAUCCAGUGAACGCGUCGCCUACAGCUAUGAUCCCGGCCAGUCAAUUGCCGGUUUGGGCCAGGUGCAAAUGCCUAACUACACAGAUCAGCUGUUUAAUCAACAGGAUGUGGAUGAAACCUUGGACAUUGUCACGAAUGUCCUGUUCUCGUUUACGGGCAUUCAGGGCAAGUAUCUAAGAAAGGAUGUCGUCACUGGCCGCUUCAAGCUGGACACGGCGAACACCAAUUUGCUGACAACGGGCGAUGCCGGCCUCAUGCUGCGCCUCUCCGAACUGGGCUACUAUCACGAUCGUGUGGCCGAAUUCGCCGAUCCCUCGAAGGGUUACAGCGCCCUGGGCUGCAUGGGUCAGGCCCUCACAUGCUUUCUGCGCAAGGAGCUUGGGGCCUAUCAUGGCGAAGUGGCUUUGCUGCACGAUCAGGUAAAUGACUUCAAGAAGGCCCAAGUGAAGCGGGGCUUUGUCGAUCGCGAGCAGGAGUGGCUCGAUAGCCAGCGGGAGCAGGUGACGCUAUUCAAGCUGCUCGUGUGGUACACAAAGCCCCUACAUCGUAUGCAAUGGCUGACCAAAAUUGCCCAUUCCUGCAUGAUGAAAAAGGGGGGAGAGCUCACGUCCGUGGUGUGGGACUUCCUGGAUAAUGGCCAUCCUGCGGUAGAUAAAUUGGUGAUUGAUCUGCUCACGGCCAUGUGUCGCCCGCUGACGCGCAUGAUCUCCCAAUGGAUGCUCGAUGGCGACAUAACGGAUUUACACAACGAGUUCUUUGUGGAGUCCCUGACCGAUAUCGGGCCCGAUCGCCUGUGGCACGAUAAGUUUCGUGUGCGCACCGCCAUGCAGCCGAAAUUUAUUGGCCAAGAGCUGGCUGAUAAAAUCCUAAGGACCGGGAAGAGCAUUAAUUUUCUGCGCGAAGUGUGCGAAAUGAAUGAAUUGGUCAAGGGUCAGGGGGAGCUCAAGAAGAUCAUGGAAUCGAAUGCUGGCGACAUUUUCUCCUACACACAGGACACAAAGUGGCAUGCGGCUAUAGAGAUCUGCUACCAGAACACCGCCAAGCAUGUCCUCGACUACAUGGUGGGUCCCCACAAGCUCUUGGAGCAUUUGCAAUGCAUGCGACGCUACUUGCUGCUCGGCCAAGGGGAUUUUGUCAGCAUCUUUAUCGAACAUAUGAAAGACGAACUGGAGAAGCCAGGCACUGAAAUCUUUGCCCACGAUCUGUCGGCCAUGCUGGACACUGCCCUGCGCUGCACCAAUGCCCAGUACGAUGAUCCAGAGAUCUUAAACCAUUUGGAUGUGGUGGCACAGCCACCCUUUUUGGGCGACACGGGCUGGGACAUUGUGUCGCUGCAGUAUGUCGUCCAAGGGCCGCUGGCCACCAUGCUGGAGCCGACCAUGUCCACGUACAAGGCGCUGUUUAAGCCACUGUGGCGCAUGAAGCACAUGGAGUUUGUGCUUUCGACAAAGAUCUGGAAAGAGCAGAUGACCAAUGGAAAGAAAUUACGCAAGAUGAAUGCGGAAAUUGGCAAGGCUUCGUACAAGCUUCACCUCUUCACGUCCGAGAUUAUGCACUUCAUCCAUCAAAUGCAAUAUUACGUACUGUUCGAGGUCAUCGAAUGCAAUUGGGUGGAGUUGCAGAAGCAAAUGCAGCAGGCGACCGGACUAGAUAAGAUUCUCGAUGCCCAUGAGAAGUUCCUUGAGACCAUUACCGUGGGAUGUUUUAUCAAUUCGGUGACCGACAAGGAACGGCAUCUGGAAACCGUCUUCGAGAACAUUAUAGCCCUGGAAAUCUGGCAGGCCAGCUUCUACAAAGAUUGCUUCAAGGAACAAAAUGCCCGCGAUGAGUUAGAAAAGAAAAUUGUCGCCUCCGAGGAGGAGGGUCGCUUUGGCGUGACCACAGAAGAGAAAAUGGAACGGGAUCAGGAGCGGAAGAUGUUUGAGCAGAAGCUGAUUAUCGCCUGUCGCGGACUCAGUGACAUUUCCUGUGCCUAUGAGAAGGCAGUGAGUGGCUUUAUGAUGUGCCUCAAUUCCAGCGAAGAUCCACAACUGCAGCUCUUCGGCACAAGGCUCGAUUUCAAUGAAUUCUACAAGAAGCGUGACACCAAUCUCAGCAAGCCCCUUACCUUCGAGCAUAUGCGCAUGAGCAACGUGUACAAUAGCAAUAAGAAUAAUUCAACAGGUAGUCGUUUCGUCAUCAAUUCCCAGGCAUCUUCAACGCCGGCAAUGUAACGGUUGGUAUUGGAUCGCUUGUCGCGUUCAAUCAUAGUCAACCCACCAUAUUCACGUGUCAAUAAGAAAAUCAACCACAACGGCGGCGACAACGAUGUGGACAUUUUCCAUAUAAACUAUGAUAUUAGACCGGGGGGCUCCUGUAGUUGCGGAAUAUUAUAGAUAUUAGAAAAAGGCUAGGUCUCACAAUUCUACUAAGUGUGAUCUGUACGAACAGCACGACAGAAACUCAUCAUGAUAUAAUGAUGAUGAUCGAAACAAACGCUUCGAAGAAUCUGGCACAAUCUAUCCAGCAUUUUAGUCUAAUUUGGUUGCUAUAAGCGAUCCGAUAGAGAAUCGAGAAUAAGUAUUGAAAUUAAUUAUUAAAAUGAAGUAUUGAAAUGAAUGAUAAUUAUUAGUAUUACGAAUGAUAAUACUAAACAAUUGCUUUAGAAUCGAGAAUGUUGAGUAUUCUGUAUUGAAAUAUGAGUACAGGAACGUUUUUAAAUGGAAAUAUUUUAAACAGCGCACAUUUUUUCGGACUGAAGAAAUUUUCGAGCUUACUUUGACUAUUUUUUUUUCCAGAUUAUAGGGUGUAAAGAGUUAGUUUUAAAAAACUUGGAAGAAUGUUUUCAUUUUUCCACAAAUGUUUUGGUUAGUUGUUGAAAAGAAGCAGAGUAUUUAAAGAUUUAAAGGAGUCCGAACGUUUUAAAAUGUACAUGUUUUAAAUUGUUGUUGGCCAGCGGUAGUUAAAAUAAAUGUUAAGUGGCAAAAAAAAUAUAUUUUAUUUUGAUUUUUUUGAACACUUGAUUUAUUUUAAUUUUUGUAGCCGCUAGGGCUGUAAAACCGUCGCUAUAUCGACAUUUUCAUCGAAAUUUUUGUUAAAUAAAGUCUCGUUAUAAAGGGUUAUUUUUUUAAA